AUGGGGGAUAAUUCAAGGGUUCAUUCUUUGAUUGAAGAUUUAAGUAAGUUAUUACUUGCAUGGUCCCAAAGUGUAGAAUCAGCAGAGGUGGCUGCUCAACUUGUAGACCUCUACUGGCGCUUCAUGACUGCUGUUCAUCAUGAUCUUGUUUUGAAUGAAGCUCAAGGUGCUGCUCUUGCGACUGCAUCGUGCAUUCCUGUCUGGGAGAUGUUACAUUUUUAUAGCGGUGCAUUUGGGCCAUUGCGUGGUUCAGCAAAAGCAUUUGUUGUAACUCUUUUAACAGCACUAUAUCCAAAAACGAGGGAUAGACGUUGUCUAUACCAGCAUGCAGGUUGUGUAGGUGGUUUGUGCUUUCCACGUGUCCCGCUCAGUACCCGUCUUCCAAUGUCAACAGAGGUUAUGAAAUGGGUAAACAAUGGGAAUAAUACACAACCUGAUGUUUAUAAUGAAGUUGUGGUAUUUGUGAAAAAUACGGUCUCCGCAGAGGAGUGUAUCCUUAGUAGCCCCUCUAUUAAAGGGUUGAAAUCAAAAGUGAAGACAUUAGUUGAAGAUGUUCUUCCACGAUGUCGUUUUGUAAAAAAUGCAACUGGAGGGGCUUUGCUAGGGGAAGGAUGCAAUGACACAAUUGUCAUACCAUUGAAUGGAGAACCAAUUGUUCCAAUACAGUCAUAUGCCAUUUUACGGGAAACCAUCUGGAGAUAUUUGAUUCUCUCUUAUGUUUAUAGUCCGGAUGAUCGAAGUACGCUGAGUAACUUUUUGACAACUUCUACAUGGUCUCAAAAACAUGUGGAUCUUGAGGGUGAUUUGGGAGUAACCUAUGCAAGUAUUAUGCUUCCAAUUGUGCAUGAAGCGGCGGUUUGCGCAUCCCUUAUGCCACCUGUCGCAAGUGAUGUCUCUGAUAAUUCCCCUUUAAUUCAACCUCGUUUGUUAUCUGUGUUAUUACCACAAGAAAAAACAUACAAGGGUUUAUCUAAUCCUAAAGAAGAUUUGACAAAGGCAUUUUCUCCAGAUAGACUUACGAGACGAAGGGUUACUAUAACUCAAACUACUCUCUCAACUCUUCGAGAGUCGCUGGAAGAGUCGAUUCCGCAAGAAAUAGCAUUUUCGAAUGAGAGCGCUUCGUGUCGUGACUGCGACAAGCUAACUCAACUAUGUCGAAGUGCUAUAUUUUCACCAAUACCGAAGGGUACUGAAUGUAGAGGAUUUUCCGUUCCUUUUAUGAAACGUAUACUAUUUGACCGAAAAAGAAAGCGUGAGGAUAAUUUUUACGAAGGUCCUGUCCUUUUACCUAUUGUCUCAAGUUUGUCAGAUAUGCUUGAAGACACAGGAGUGAAAAAGUCACUUUCUACAUUGGAGCGUAUUGUCACCCCCUCUGACUCCAUAUAA